AUGCAGGCCAGCUCCGCCGACGCCCUCGGCCACGUCAAGGCCCUCGUCUUCGACGUCUUCGGCACCGUCGUCGACUGGCGCACCUCCGUCACCGACGAGCUCAUCCUUCGCGCCCAUCGCAAGCUCUCCUCCCAUCUCGCCCCGCCCCUCCAGUCUCGUCUCGCGAGCCGCACGGCCGACGACUGGGCCCGCUUCGCCCAAGCCUGGCGUGAUUCGUACAGGGCCUUUACGCUGGCCUACAACCCGCACGCCGACGCGUGGAAGACCGUGGACGCUCACCACCUCGACAGCCUCGUCGCUCUGCUUCGCUCCGAGGGCCUCGACGGCAUCUACACCGACGCGGAGGUCGAGUCCCUCAGCCUCGUCUGGCACCGCCUCGCACCCUGGCCCGACGCGGCCGACGGUCUUGCCAAGCUCGGCGCGAGGUACACGACCUCGACAUUGUCCAACGGCAACCUCGCGCUGCUGCGAGACCUCGACGACUACGGCCUCUUGGCCUUCCACAAGCUGCUCUCGGCCGAGACCUUUCGCGCGUACAAGCCCGACCCGGCCACGUAUCUGGGCGCCGCGCGGGAGCUGGGAGUCGAGCCUGCCGAGGUGGCCAUGGUGGCGGCCCAUCUGGGUGACCUCGAGGCCGCCCGAGCCUGCGGUCUGCGGACCAUCUACGUCGAGAGGCCGCGGGAAGAAUCGUGGGGGGAAAACGAACAACGCCACCGCCGAGCAGGCGACUUUGUCGACCUUUGGAUCACCGAGGAGCAAGACGGACUGCUCGCCGUCAACGAGCAGCUGCUGUCACGGCAUCCAUGA